CUCUAUGAAUAAACAAAAUGUUCUGACAAUUUGUCACUUUAUAGUGUCUAGAAAAAAUCUUAAAAAAUAUCUAAAUUUAGGACACCAAUUUCGCAAAAUUCCCGUGCGCAAACAAACAGGCAAUACAAUUAUUUUUCUGCCUGAAUCCUUCUGCAAGAUGUCAGGACAGGGGCAGUCAGACCUGAACAUCCUUCAGAAGAACUUCGUCGUGCCAGUGCAGACGACUGACUUGACGUUGUUUGACGAUGCCUUCCUCAACAUGAAGGAACGCUUCGCGGCUGAAAUGAAGAGGAUGGAACAGGAAACAACUAGGUUUUCGAACAACCUCAUGUGCCUCUACGGGCACACUACCAGCGCUACCUCAGCGUUAUCAUCAGCUCAACGGGAACGCACCUCGGCCCCAACCAUGCUGGAGAGCAUCACCAACUCCCCCCUUAUCGAGGGAGAGGGGGAGGUCAAGACGCUCAAGCUCCAGUUCGAUGUCAGCUCGUUUGACCCCUCAGAGGUUAAAGUGAAGAUCGUUGAAGACUUCUUAAUAGUAUCGGCGACGCAUCAAGAGAAAUCCGACAAUUCCACGGUGUUCAGGGAAUACCAUAAGGAGAUCCUGAUGCCCAAGGGAGUAAACCCUCAAGAUGUCAUCUCGUCUCUGUCCAAGGAUGGAGUGCUUACUGUCCAGACGCCAUUGCCGAAAGAAGCUCUAAGGAUGGUGAGCAAUCCGUCAGUAAAGUAGGAAAAAAACAUUCGACUAUAUAGAACGUUUCUGAGCAACACGGAAUUGCGAGAACAAUAAUUUUUAUUUUCUCUAUCACUCGUACUAAAUUUGUAUCACAAUCGCGAACGAAAUAUCCUUGUUAGAGCGAGAUGGCGAAAAGAACAUAAACUAUAGAAAUAAAUUAAAAACCUAUAUUAUCCUCCUGUUUCAACUUGUUCAGAAACUGCGUAAAUGUAAUAAUAAAUAUACAAGAAUUUUACUGUAAUACGAUUUGAGAAAUAGAUAAAUAAAUU